AUGCCUAACGAACAUCUUCAGUACACAGCUCACGGCCAGCCGCAGCAGCAGUCACAGUCGCAGUCACAGUCACAGCAGCAGCAGCAGCACAACAAGUCGCCGGGGUUCAUGCCCCAGCUACAGCAGGCACACGGCCAGCAGAUGGCCGCGACUAACAGCCCCUACCCGUACGUCGCGCACGACCACUGGCAGUACGGGAACAGCCCGCAGGUGUACGCGUACUACAACGGCGGCGGCGGCGCGGGCGCCGCCGCGCAGGACGCGUCACGUGGCCACGGCGCGGGCGAGCCGGGUCACCCGGGCUCCGCGCAGCCGCCGCAGCAGCAGGCACAGCCCGCCGCGGCUGGGUACUACUGGCACUACCCGUCUGCCGCGGAGGUGCAGCCCUACGGGUACUCCCCCUACGGCUACUUUCCGUCGUACGCGGCGCCGGCCGGGCUAAUGGCCGGCGAAGACCCAGACAGCAAGGCGCACGCGGCGUCGUACUUCCGGCAUUACGGGUCGUCCGCGGGCUACCAGUACCCCGGGUUCCAGGCCAAGCAGCAGCCCUACGGCGGCCCGCACGAAGAGAACGCCGCAGCCGCGGCGGCGGCGGGCGCGGGCGCGGGCGCGUCGCCCGGCGCUAGGCGGAGAUACCAGCAGCUGCAUUCGACCGACGCGCUCGGCGCGCUGGGCGCGAUAGCCGCCGACACCGCGUCGCAGGUGCAGCAGCACCCACAGACGCCCGCGCACCAGAUGCCGCUGAUGCACGGGCUGUACGGCGGGCCCGAGCCCGGCGCCGCGGCAAGCGCGUACGGAUCGGCGGCCGGGUCUGUGUCGGUGUCCGGAUCUGCGUCCAGCAUGGGAGCCGCGGCUCCCGCGGCCGCCGCGCGGCCGCGCGUCACCACGACCAUGUGGGCGGACGAAAACACGCUCUGCUACCAGGUGGAGGCGAACGGGGUCUCGGUCGUGCGGCGCGCGGACAACGACAUGAUCAACGGCACCAAGCUGCUGAACGUGGCGCGGAUGACGCGGGGCCGCCGGGACGGGAUCUUGAAGGCGGAAAAGAUCCGGCACGUGGUCAAGAUCGGGUCGAUGCAUCUCAAGGGCGUGUGGAUUCCGUUCGACCGCGCGCUCGCCAUGGCGCAGCGCGAGAAGAUCGCGGACCUGCUGUUCCCGCUGUUUGUGCGCGACAUCCAGAGCGUCAUCCAGCAGGGCGCGUCCUCGACGACGCUGGUGCCGGGCCUUUCGUCCGGGGCCGCGCACCACGGCGGCGGCCUGCACCACCUGCACACCCAGCAACCCCAGCAUUACCAUUCGGCCGCCGCCGACCCCGUGCACGUGUACCAAGACCAGGGCGCGGCGCUGCCGCCCCCGGCCGCGUACGGGUACCACUCGGUCGACUCGCCGUACGGGCGGGGCUCGCUUGCUCCUGCCGUGCAUACGCCGCUGGCUGACGCCAGCGGCGGCGUUCCGGGCGUUCCGGGCGUCACAGCCGCGGACAGCAUCCCGGACCGCGAUCCGAGCGCCGGGGUUGCGCCUGGGUCAGUUUCGCCGCCGGCGGCUGCGGCGGCAGCCGCCGCAGCCGCGGCCGCGGGUGCGUCCGUGGACCACGGCGUCACAAAGACAAUGGGCGGUGACGGCCCCGUGCACGACGCAGAGCUGCCAGAAACCCACGGACACGCAUAG